CCCGGAAGUAGUAUUGGGUGAUGCUGGAGACAGCAGAGCUUAUGAAAACAUUGCCAGAGGAUACCCGCAUCCCGACAGAAUUGUGACAUCCCUCCACGAGAAGGAAGAUGGCUGACGUGGAGGAGACACUGGUGACUGGUGGUGAUGCUGAGGCUGGCGACCAUCAGGACUUGGGUGCCACCAGUGCAGCGGCAGCAGCAACAGAGCCCUCUGGCCGCUCUCUGCUGCUGGGCGGGGGAGAGGACUUUGAGAUGCUAGAGAACAGCGAGGACGAUGGAGGGGACGACGACAUCCCCCCUCUUGAGGACGCAGGCGGCGGGAAGCAGGGAGAGGAGGAGGCGGUGGGGGCCAGCGCUCCCUCCAAAGAUGACGCCCCUGCACAGCAGUCUGCUCCCAAGGAUGAGUGGGUGGACAUUCUAGGGAGUGGUCUCUUAAGGAAGAAGGUUCUGGAGAACGGUGAAGGGGUGGACACUCGACCAAACAGAGGGCAGAAUGUGCAGAUCAGACUGAAGACCUCGCUGGCAGAUGGCACAGUGGUUGAGGAGGAUUCAGAGCUCUCAUUCACACUUGGAGAUGGAGACGUUAUUCAGGGCUUGGAUCUGGCGGUGCAGCUGAUGGAGGUUGGGGAGACGGCGCUGGUGGAGGCGGAUGCCAAAUAUGCCUACGGCUCAGUGGGAAGUGCGUCCCCGCCGGUGGGCCCCAACUGCAGCCUAAGCAUGGAGGUGCAGCUGCUUUCAGCUCAGCCAGCCCCUGACCUGGAGACCAUGAUCCCCGAGGACCGCAUCACCCUGGCGGGGCAGAAGAGGGAGCGUGGCAACACGCACUACCAGCGCGGAGACUUCGCCUACGCAGUCAACUCUUACGGCAUCGCUCUGCAGAUCACAGAGGCCAGCUCCAAAGUGGACAUCUCAGCUGAGCAGGAGUCUGAGAUGUUGGAUAUGAAGGUGAAGUGUCUAAACAACAUGGCGGCGGCUCAGCUGAAGCUGGAGCACUACGACGCCGCCAUGCGCUCCUGCGUCUCCGCACUCGUGCACCAACCAGAGAAUGUCAAGGCCCUCUUCCGCUACGGCAAGGUUCUGGCCUUAAAGGGAGAGCUGACUGAGGCCAUCCGUACACUGAAGAGAGCCCUGAAACUGGAGCCCAGCAAUAAGACUAUCCAUGCCGAGCUGUCCAAGCUGGCCAAGAAGCACUCAGAGCAGAAGGGGGCGGAGCAGGCCAUGUACAAGAAGAUGCUGGGCAACCCUUCAGAAGCCAGCCCCAUCGCACCCCAGCCCAAGGCCUCAUGGGGAUUUAGCUGGAAAUGGCUUUUUGGGGCCACGGCUGUCGCCAUUGGAGGAGUAGCCCUGUCUGUGGUCAUCGCAGCUAGAAACUAGGCCCGCUAAGAGUUGCGCAGAGUUGAGUUUUGUUGUGGCCUGGCAACACAGACGCCUGGAGCGCUGUCUUAACUGUCUCCCUGCUCGUCUCCAUCGCACGGUUCCCAUGGAAAUGAAGUUGCGUGGCCAAGACGGACCUAGUCCACAAGGGACCCCCCCACACACACACAGAGAUCUCCAAAGUUGAAUUUAAGAUUUCUUUUUCUUUCUUUUUUUGUGGGUGUUAUAAACUAUAUUGAAAGACCUGACCAAAAACAAGAAGAACAAUAUGAAACGAAUCCAUAUUUAUGUAUGAGCUGAGCUGGAGGUGUGUAAUGUGUGUAUAGUGUGUGACUUGUAAAUGCAGAACACCUGUCUUUCAUUCCUGCAAAUGACUUGCGAGACCUUCUGAUGUUAACAUUAGCUAACACUAGCCUACGUGCUUUCAGAGUUGUGAAUUUUACCAGAUGUGUUCAAAAAAUGCUUACAUGAGCUGUUGCUACUAGCCACCAUCUUAUUUAAAUGCAGAACAUUUUAUGCUUCUUUUUUUUCUUUUCUUCAACUGAAUCCAAUUACGAGUGUUUGCCAUGUAGAAAGCCAUUCUUCCCUUCACUGUGGCGCUUUUGCAUAGCUUCCUAUAAACCGCUGGCUUGCGUAAACCCAUUUUUGUCAUUUGGUACUGGAGUUACAAAUCGUCAAACUUGAGCUAGGUUUGUUUCAUCAAUCCUUGCUGCCCUUUUAGCUCUGCCAAUAUAUGGCUUCCCUCCUUAAUUGGCUUACACUUCACAGUCUGGUACACAGAAAAAAUACCUCACGUUUCAAUGCCUCAACCGCCAACUUUUUCUUUCUUCUUUUUUUUUAAACCCCCUUGCUCUCUCUCUCUCUCUCUCUCUCUCUCUCUCUCUCUCUCUCUCUCUCUCUCUCUCUCUCUCUUUGUGGACCAUUUCCUUUACUUUCUUUUGUCUGAUUGCUUUCACUUCUUCCAUUUAGUGUCAUUUUUUUAUGUUUUAUCCAUGAUUAAUGUGAAUAGAGCUGAAGAUUAUUGUUUGUAAUGUUACACAAGGAUAAUUUAUUUUCUUAGUACCUGUCUGUCAGAAGAAGAGUAAUUAUUUGAUUGGGACAUGCAUGUAUUGAGCAUCAUUGUUCCCUUAUUCCACAUGAAAGGCGUGUGCGUUUAAAUGUUAUGUUUGUUCAUUUUUUAAUUCCUAAAAUAAACUUUUGCACAUUUCAGUUUAA